AGGGCUGCAGUCCACACUUUCCCUGUCAGUGUUCUGGGACCACUUGAGGAUGCUGCGGUGGCUUCUUGUCUUCUCUGCUCUGGGUCUCGGGGCCUGCGGUUCUCCCACCAUCGUCUCCCGCAAGGAGUGGGGGGCGAGAUCACAGACCUGCAGGGCCCAGCUGACCCUGCCUGUGGCCUACAUCAUCACGGACCAGCUCAUGGGGAUAGAAUGCCAGGAGCUGAACGUCUGCAGCCAGGAACUGCGGGGCCUACAGUCCCAUUCUGUCUAUACCAAAGGCUGGUGUGAUGUGGCCUACAACUUCCUGGUUGGGAACGACGGCAGGGUGUAUGAAGGUGUCGGCUGGAACAUCCAAGGCAUGCACACCCAGGGCUACAACAACAUCUCCCUGGGCCUCGCCUUCUUUGGCAAUAAGAUCGGCAGCAGUCCCAGCCUUGCUGCCUUAUCAGCUGCAGAGGGCCUGAUCUCCUAUGCCAUCCAGAAGGGUUACCUGUCACCCAGGUAUAUUCAGCCACUUCUCUUGAAAGAAGAGAGCUGCCUGGCCCCUCAACAGCCAGUGAUGCCCAGGAAAGCUUGCCCCAACAUCAUCACGCGGUCAGCUUGGGAAGCCAGAGAGUCACAUUGCCCCAAAAUGAACCUCCCAGCCAAAUAUGUCAUCAUCAUCCACACUGCAGGCACAACCUGCAACGUAUCCAUGGACUGCCAGGUUCGAGUCCGAGACAUACAAUCCUUCCACAUGGACACACGGAACUUCUGUGACAUCGGGUAUCACUUCCUGGUGGGCCAGGAUGGUGGUGUGUAUGAAGGAGUUGGCUGGCAUAUCCAAGGCUCUCACACCUACGGAUACAAUGAUAUUGCCCUUGGAAUUGCCUUCAUAGGCAACUUCAUAGAAAAGCCACCAAAUGCUGCAGCGCUGGAGGCAGCCCAGAACCUGAUCCAGUGUGCCGUGGUCAAGGGUUACCUGAGUCUCAACUACUUGCUUGUGGGGCACCGUGAUGUUAUCAAUACUCUGUCUCCUGGGAAGGCUUUGUACAACAUCAUUAAGACAUGGCCUCAUUUCAAACACUGAGGAAUCCCCCGCUCAUUCUGAGGUUGCUCCCCCUGCCUCCUGGUGCUGGGCCUCCCCUGCCCUCACUCUCCAUCCUGGCUGAACACCUCGCAUCCCCUCCCUGCCAGCCCCAACAUGUCCCUUCUGUCUUGGGUUAGUAUGAUCCUCUCCUGCUGGCAUCCUUCAGCAUCUCCCAAACCCCAUAUCUGGGCAUUCCCAGCCCUCUGAAUCUGGGCCCAGCCUUCCUCUCGCCUCAUCUUCCUCUUCCCUGGGCACCUACCUCCUCAGCCAGGUGAGACGCCAGGCUGGUCCCUGUUUGACUUCUCGUUCCCUUUGCACACGCCCCUCUGCCUGGUGUGCCUUCCCCUGCUGUCUGCCUGGCAGACCCCAACUUCAUCCAUCAGCCAGGUGAAUGCCCAGCCCCUCCUCUCCGCUCACACUCACUUGUCAUAUUUGGAUGCAGCCCUGAGUUUAGGGCUCAGUUGUUUAUGGACGUGUCUGUUCUCUCCACUGGAUUGUGAGGUUGUCCAGUUUUAUUCGUCUCUGUGUCCUCAGUUCCUCAGCAGUGUCUGGAAGCCAGUAGGUGCUAUAGAUGUUUGUUGAAGAAAUGGAUGAAUAAAUGAAUGAGUGGAUCAAGUCCCUGCUCCCCUUGCCAGUUUGGUCCGUCAUCUCUUCUCCGGAGAUGCCUUCCUGGACAGUCCCUCAUCCCUCCAGCAUUCUCUUUGUUCCUGAUCCCUCCCAGUCUGG